CCGUGCGGCGCAUCCGCACAGGGCGCAACGCGGCAGCUCGCGGGGACGUUUCUGUUUUUUUCCGUUCCCGUUAUCACCAUAGCGGCUCGUAGGUCCACAAUGGAGACCAAACCAGUUAUCACCUGCCUUAAAACGCUCCUAAUCGUCUAUUCCUUCGUGUUUUGGAUAACAGGAGCCAUCCUGCUUGCAGUCGGAGUAUGGGGGAAGUUGAUGCUGGGCCCGUACAUCUCUCUGAUAGCCGACAACUCCACAAAUGCCCCUUAUGUUCUUAUUGGCACCGGAACUGUCAUCAUUGUUUUUGGACUGUUUGGAUGCUUCGCCACCUGCAGAGGAAGCCCAUGGAUGCUGAAGCUGUAUGCCAUGUUUCUGUCCCUCGUUUUUCUCGCCGAGCUAGUGGCAGGAAUUUCUGGGUUUGUUUUUCGCCAUGAGAUAAAGGGAAAUUUUCGCAGGACGUACACUGACGCGGUCCUGAACUACAAUGCUGAGGAUGAGGCAAGCCGCGCUGUUGAUAACUUGCAGCACAAGCUCCGUUGCUGUGGAGUUUAUAACUACACCAGUUGGUUUGGCAGUGUGUAUUACCCCUCCAACGGCAUUCCUGCUAGCUGCUGCUUUAACUCCUCUGAUUGUAACCCAGAAGAUCUUCGCAAUGCCACUCUAGCUCCAAGCAAGGUUUACCACCAGGGCUGCUUUGAGUUGGUCACUUCAUUCAUGGAAACCAACAUGGCCAUCAUUGCAGGAGUGACAUUUGGAAUUGCCUUCUCACAGCUGAUUGGGAUGUUGCUGGCUUGCUGUCUGUCCAGGAUCAUCACAGCCAAUCAGUAUGAGAUGGUCUAGCUGAUGUGAAGUGGGAGGCAAAGAGAAGAACACACAAAGAGUCUUGACACGCAAUGAGUAAAUUCCUCAAAACACCUCUGAACUGGAAUUUAUCUCCGUCAGUCUUUCUGCUUGUGAUCUUAUUGUAAUAUCUUAAUGUACCUUAUUGUAAAGCACCAUUCCCUGACUCACUGCAGCUGUGUCAAAGCUUUCUAUACCACCCAUCACAUCGCUGCUUGAUGUAGAUGUUGCUCAUUGGCGGUUGUAUCAGAUCAGUUCAGCCCACAGUUAACAGGGCUGACAGUAGUGUUGGUCUCCUCAGAAAGCCACUGAACAUCGUUGUACAGAAUGACAUUACUUUAGCCUGGAGUUAGUAUUUUAAUAGGUAGGUUUAGUUUUGCAUUUGAAUUUGCUAUUUGUCACCAUUGUUUGUCAGUAGAGAGAAAAGGGAGAAUUGAUGUAGAGUAUUUUUUACCUUGAGAUAAAGAAUAUUUUUUGUCCAAAAUGUGAAAUUUAAAUAAUCAGAAAUUGAAUAUCAGUAAAAGCCUUAGUGUGGAGUAAACAAAUGUCAAUCUUUGUUUUUAAACUCCCACUGGAAUUGAAAUUAAUCAACUUUACAUGUUUGUAGCCACUUAACACACUUCAAGUAAAACUUUAUGCUAUGUAAGAUAGUUUGUUGAGCAAAAUAAAUGCUUACAUUUAAGUCUGAGGGCCUGGUCACACCAAAUAACUGAGCACAUUAACAGUAAACAGUUUAUCCAUAAUACAGAUUUAUACUAUUGAUUUCUCAUAAAUCUAUUAAACCUUUUUACUUUGUUAUAGCAGCUUUUGCUAAGAUACACUACUGGUCAACCACAACUAAAAUAAAAACAUUAAAAUACUUCAAUUUCUUUUUCUAAAAGAAUGAUAAAAAGAUGUCUUUAUUUGGACUUUAUAUAACCUAUUUCCUCCGAGUGAACUCUAUCGAGACCAAAGUCAAAAUAAAUUUGAAAGCUUUGAUUACACUGAAAUUUAUUGAUUUUGUUGCAGAGCAUCAGUUUUAAAUACUGGUGUCACCAGGUCAUUUCAGGCUCCAAACAAAUCUCCAAGCUCUCAUUUAUGUUUUAGUUUAACAGACUUAGUGCAGUCCCUUCUCAAAGACAUUUUUAGUACUGGUAAAUGAAGACAGAGGACAGAUUUAGGCACAAAUGUGGCUGGAUGCAUAAAACUGGGUAGUUUUUGGCUAAAACUGUGUAUAAAUGUGCAUAUGCAUCAUUUUUACUAUAUAUAUAUAAAGCCAUGUGUACAUAUGGUUCUACUUUAAAAAUCAUAAUCAUUGUGAAACUGUGCAGUUCAUGAACCUGAAUUUCAUACUCAUUUUUAGCCUUGAAUGGACGCAGACACUCCCCAAAUUAUUAGUAUGUUUUGCAACACAACUUAAUAAAACAUGACCAUGGAAGCAAUACUAAUAUUACAUUAAAUUGAGAGCCUUCUUGAUUAAGUAGAUAAAAUAAAUUGUUCUGUUUAGUCCUGCUAAAUCCAUUUAACAAAGCAUUUAUCUGAAAUUGAUAGUUUAGAUUAUAAAUUAAGAAUCAACAAUAAGAAGUAACAUAAGGGUGGAAAAAUCAAUAUCAUUCUGAUCAGUCUGCAUGAAAUAAUCAGUAAUAAUUUUUCUGUGAAAUUUUGCCACACCUUAUUUAACUUUCACUUUAAAUUGGUCUAAAAUCAUGUUUACUUUUGGCCGAAAGAAUCCAUGAGGUUUGCACAUCACUCCAUUAUACAGUAAAUGACAGCAUAAGCAUGUUUUUGUGUGUAUACAUUGUUUAUGCAUUUGGCCCCUGGUGUAUCUCAGCAUGAGGUGGCAACAUAAUAAUUAGUUUAGGGAAGGACAAAAAUAGCAAAACACAUCCCUCCAGUGGUGAUGCAGGCUGGAUGGAAAGCAUGUGCAAGGAGAUGAAAAUCUAACAUGCUGCUUGAUGAUUUAAGAAGCGCUUCAUUUUUAGUAUUAAUGAUGUUUUAGGACUUGUUUUCUGUCUUUUCGGAUUUAGUGUUAAAACGACCAGCUGAAAAUCCUUGUUUUGCUAGGCUCUCACAUAAAAGUCAGCAAAGGAAGUUUUUUAGCUUCACCGGGGUCAUGAGGUGUUUUCUUCAGGUGAAAUAUGUUGUAAGCAGUCUGUUACAAAGAGAGAUAAGAGGGACUCAAAACGGUGUUUAUCUGUGAUUUAUGGUAUUCUGCGUAGUGCAUCAACCUGCUGCUGCCAUCAUCAUUCACAUCUGUAGAUAUGUAUUGGAAAUGUAAUUUAUAUUAUGUAAUGUUUCUCAUUCUAAUAUGCUAAUCAAUAUAACUGCUGUGUCAUGGUUUUGAAUCCACAUUUUGUGCUGUUAAUCUAUAUUUGUUUAAUAGAUUUUAGGAAACUUGCACUGAAAAAAAAGUAUUGUGGCUGAUGUUUUUGUUCAGUAACGCACAAUUUAGCUGUAUAUAUAUAUAUAUAUAUAUAUAUAUAUAUAUAUAUAUAUAUAUAUUAUGGUUUGGUUUGUGUUCAGUUUACAGUAUAAUCCAGUGAUUUUAACACGUUUUCUCUGUAUGUGUGUGUGAGUGUAUGUGAUUUUGUUUCUUUACCUAUCACUACCUUGUGUGUGUCAGCAAAAAACAAGCAUCUAGACAUUGUGGCACCUGAAGUGUUCAGUUUAUGGUCAGUAUUUGGCUGUGGCUUUUCUCUUCUUUGUAUUCUUAUUCUUUUCUUGCUUUAAGAGCUGUAAUUUUAUUUUGUGAAUGUAUGUUUUCCAGAUCUCUUUUCUCCAACCUUUUCUUCUGUAAAUAUGCUGUAAUACCAUCCAGCUUACACAUGGGGUCACUAGACACUCAAGAGGAAUUGUUCCAUGCUGUCUACUACUGACAAAGUCACCAUCAGUGGUCUUACUAUCAAUAAAUAUACAGAAUAACA